GAACAGUUAUCCGAGUUGACCAAUCAGCGGUGGGGAAAGGCGGGUUUUCUUUCCCAAAGCCCCACGUGAUCCUCCUCAGUAGUUCCCAGGCGGUCACACGGAGAGCCGGAGGAGAUUAUGGAUCAGAGGGUCGGGUUGUGUGUUCUUCUGGCGGCAGGCCUGCUCGUCCUCACUUUGGCCCCCGUCGCUCAGACCGAGGACCUGGUGGACGACUUGGGAGACGACGUGGACGUGGAGGACGAGCUGGACCCGGGCCUGGUCGGAGACGAGGAGGAGGAGCCUGAAGGGGAUUUACAGGACGAAGCCCCGCCCACACCGAAAAGUCCACCAGCACCAAAGGUGACGUAUAAAGCUCCGGAGCCCAUGGGGGAACACUUCUUCGCUGAGUCUUUUGACAGAGGGACACUGGACGGGUGGGUCGUGUCCAGCGCCAAGAAGGACGACGCCGACGAGGAGAUCGCAAAGUACGACGGUAAAUGGGCCGUGGAGGAGAUGAAGGACAGUAAACUUCCUGGUGAUAAAGGUCUGGUUCUGAAGUCUCGGGCUAAACAUCAUGCUAUCUCCGCCCAGCUGCUGCGACCUUUCACCUUUGACUCCACCCCCCUCAUCAUCCAGUACGAGGUGAACUUCCAGUCGGGCAUCGACUGUGGAGGAGCUUAUGUCAAACUGUUGACGCAGACGCCUGAACUCAACCUGGACCAGUUUGUGGAUAAGACUCCAUACACCAUCAUGUUUGGACCAGAUAAAUGUGGAGAAGAUUACAAACUGCACUUCAUCUUCAGACACCAGAACCCAAAAACAGGAGAGUUUGAAGAGAAACACGCCAAGAAGCCCGACGCCGACCUGAGGACGUACUACACCGACAAGAAGACGCAUCUGUACACACUGGUGGUGAACCCUGACAACACCUUCGAAGUUCUGGUGGAUCAGACGGUGGUGAACAGCGGCAGUCUGCUGACAGACAUGACCCCCCCAGUCAACCCCCCUGCUGAGAUCGAGGACCCCGACGACCACAAACCUGAGGACUGGGACGAGAGACCCAAGAUCCAGGACCCGGACGCCGCCAAACCCGAGGACUGGGAUGAAGACGCUCCUGCUCAGAUUCCAGAUGAAGACGCUGUGAAACCAGACGGUUGGUUGGAUGACGAGCCCGAGUACACAGGAGACCCCGACGCCGUCAAACCUGAGGACUGGGACGAGGACAUGGACGGAGAGUGGGAGGCCCCUCAGGUCCCCAACCCUGCCUGUGAGACGGCGCCCGGCUGCGGCGAAUGGAAACGCCCAAUGAUUGACAACCCCAACUACAAGGGCAAGUGGAAGCCGCCCAUGAUUGACAACCCCAACUACCAGGGUGUCUGGAAACCCAGGAAGAUCCCCAACCCAGCGUUCUUCGAGGACCUCCACCCGUACAAGAUGACGCCGUUCAGCGCCGUGGGUCUGGAGCUGUGGUCCAUGACCUCCGACAUCUUCUUCGACAACUUCUUCAUCACGAACGACCGUAACACGGCUGAGCGCUGGGCCACGGACGGCUGGGGCCUGAAGAAGGCAGCAGAGGGUGCCGCUGAGCCCGGUCUGGCCACUCAGAUGCUGAACGCUGCAGAGGAACGUCCAUGGCUCUGGGUCGUCUACGUCCUCACUGUGGCUUUACCACUCGUCCUCAUCAUCGUCUUCUGCUGCACUGGCAAGAGGUCGUCGGGCUCGGCUCAGGGUCAGUUGAGUCUCAACAGUUUACAGGACGAGUUGACAGACAGCGGACGUCCACGGCGCCGUGGAUCCGGAGCUUCGGCCUCGAAGAAGAGCGCAGCCACGCCGGCGGCAGAAUACAAGAAGACAGACGAACCUCAGCCCGACGUGAAGGAGGAGGAAGAGGAGGAGGAGGAAGAGGAGAAGGCGGAGGAGGCUGAAGAGGCCGAGGAGGCCGAGAAGAGCAGUCCAGCUCCAGAGGAAGAGGAGGAGGAGAAGAGCGAAGGAGAGGAGGAAACGCCUGAGAAAGACGAAGAGGAGGACGAGAAGGAGGAAGCAGCUGAGGAGAAGUUGGAGGAUGACGUUCUGCGGAGAUCUCCCAGGAACAGGAAGGUCAGAAGGGACUGAUGUGUCUGAAUUGACAGCCCUGACCUCCAGAUCCCCCCACCUCCAGACCCACCCCACCCCCCAUGCCCCCAUGCCCCCCGACCUCCUCCUCUUCUACUCCUCCGCUCUGAGGCGAUGAAGCCCAUUGGAAGCAGCGACGCCGACAGGAAGCUAAUCGAGACCUCCAACGUGGAAGAAACCCGAUGAUUCCAGUGUGAACAGGACCGAGUUAGCACCAUUUUUGUUUAUGAAAGAGAUUAACUACAACUUCCUGCAUCAUUCCUUUACAACACCUGAGCAGAAUCACCGCCCAUCACCGCGCUAAGCUAACACACCUAACAGCCGCUAACUAGCAUCCAGCAGUUAGCCUAUGCCCUUAGCGACCGGUCUGCAGGCAGUGUGUCAAUUAGCCAAUAAUUAGCCAUAAAAAUGUUGCUAAAAUACUAGCAGCAGGUUUCGAAUUAGCCAACAGAAACCGUUAGCAUUAACUACUUGCUUGUACAUCUUGACAUAAUUUGGCUAAAAACGGUCCAUCUGUGUUCCUGAUGGGUUAAAAAAGAACAUUAGCCAUGAAAACUGUCAAGCUAACAAACCAAACACUACCAUCUAACGAGCACACAAAGAAUUUAUCACCAAAAGCACAGAUAAUUAGCCUAAUAUCAGCUUCUGAGCUGGCUGUUGUUAAUCUACAGUCAGGCUACAAACUGGAGACAAAUUAGACAACAUCAGUCAUGACUGUCCUACUAACAGACACAUUAGCUAAAAUGCAUGAAUAGUAGCAACUGGCUAAUUUUAAUAAAUUAAUAGUUACCAGUUAAUCUGCAGACUGUCUAAUUAGCUAAACAACAGCCAGAUAAACAGGCGUAGACAUCGCAGUUGUCCUUGAAACUUUAAGGAAAUACAUUUUUACGAGUAGCCAUAACGCAGCUUAGAUGACUGGGCUAAUAACUCGUAAGCCUGACGCUAAUUAACCUCCAAGCAACUACUGAGAAGCCUGAGUCAAUAAUAAAGCUUGGCAUCAACACUGAGGAGUCACUAAGCAAAGAAAGCAUUUGGCUGAAAAGUUGUAAGUUCAACUGCAGUUGUCCUGACUAUCAAAUGUCUGCUAAUUAGCUCAUCCCUUUGGUGCUAAUGAGACUACAAACGGUGUACCAGGCAGGAUAAGCCUGUUGGAAUCAUCAUGCUAAUUAGCCUGUCAACAACCUGCUAAUGUUUGCUUAAGUCAACUUGCUUGGCUAAAUGUGCUCUGUGAUAAAAUACAACCAAAUGUCUUGCUAAUUAGCCUGUAAGUGGUCUGACUAAUUGGCUAACAGCGUUUAGAUCUUCUGCCGAUUAGUAUAAUCUACAAUCUGCAUUUCACCAGUCUCUGUGAAGGCAAAAUAUGCUAAUCUACAGUUACUAAAUGUCUUGCUACAUGGCUAACCAACACGUCUAACCAACAACAAGCUAACAGUGUCUUUACCUUCAGAUUAAACCUGUUACAGCAGUGAUUUCCAAAAGCUAAAUGUUAGCAUCGUCCGUCUUCAGUCAUUUCUUGGCAUUUUUAGUGGUUAAUCACGUUCACCUUAGCAUGUUGGGUUGAAAACGUAGCUCCUCAGUGUUUAUUAUUGUGGCGACAGGGAAGGUCAAAGGUCACUGGUUGCCAUAGCAGCAGCAGACGAGCAUCUGUCCCAAAAACACGAUGUGUGGAAGCCUUGUAUCUCCAGUUUCAGUCUGUUUUUGUUUGUCUGUCAAUCUGAUGGAAAUACGAGGUUUCCGCUCUCUUCUGUUUAGUCACUGCAGAUGUUUGUCCUUUUUUUUUUUUCUUACUUUCAGAUGAACCAAACAUAACAGCAGCUCAUUUAUUACAUCAUUAAUCACCGAUUCAUUUUCUCUGUUUGGUCUCCCAAGCUACAACGUCAAUUUCACAACUAAUAAACUGGUCAUAAUGCAGUUAAUACGUUAAACAGUUUUAUGGAAUAUCUAAAACAUCUGCAAAAAGUGGAAAAUGAAAUGGAAGAAAUGGCAAAUGUUUGCAUGUCGAGGCUUUCUAUUGUCUUUUUUUUUUUUUUUUUUAAUUUAAAGGGUAAAAAUGAUCUGCUGAAGUGAAGUGCACUGUUUCUGUCAUGUGUGUACAGUAAUCCGGUCCAGACUGGAUGUGUUGAUCUGAUUUAACAUGUAUUAAUGUAGCAGAAUGCUCCAUGUAACCACGUCAGCUGGAGUAAUAAAACAUAUUCCUGUUUACAUAAUGGAGUCAGAUCCAUUCAAAGCCUCUGAUCAUGUGCUUUGAGUUUUGUCCUAUAAAUGUGAAGGUGCAAUGAGCUGCUGUCGUGUUUGGUUUGACUGGAAAUGCGUUGUCGUGGUCGUGUGGAUGCUCCACCUUCCAUCAAACACGUACAAAAAGAGAAAAUACACGAGGGUCAAAACUAAACCUUCCGUGUUUAUGAUGUGAAGUCAUGACGCUGAAGCUUCUCAGAGCAUCAGUGCGUUUAGACACAGACCGACGGCAGCAGCCAGUCCAUCCUGCAGCUUGUCUGGUCGUCAUGGCAAUGCAUCAUAAACAUACCGUGGUUUUGUCCUGCUCGCUCAGAUUUGUCUGCGCUUCUGUCAGAUGUGAUCGGAUUUCGACCGAUCUUCGUCCCUUUUGUGCGUCUCUUCUCACUUGAGACGUCAUGAAGGGCAGUUAAAAUAAGAACAAAGCAGCUGGUCCCUGAAAACGGACAAAAGGCAGCGUCGACUCGAGUUAACGUGUUACUGUUGACGUCCGCAGAGGAGCGCGUGUCCCUUCCCUUCUAGACUUUGACCUUUGACCUUCACCUUAGUGCCAUCUGAAUUCAACCUCCAACUCGAAGAAGCUGUUUCUAGACCGUGAAACUCUAAAAACCUUCCGCCUGGUUGAGUGUGAAGCGCCUCCGUCUGCUGAAUGUGUGCAUGCAUCCUCGUGGUUUGGUGAAUCUGUGAAACCUGCUUUAGUCCAGUUCUGUGGCUGUUUGAGCUCUUUAUGAACACACCUGUCUGUCUGACUCCACCCAGCUCUGCACUGAUUGGUCGAUGGGCGGUUGACUGAUUAAUUAAUUAGAAUGAAAGUGGGCGGGGAAAAGCCAGGGUGAUUGACAUAAACAGCCUGAGUGUCAGAUGUGUUUGUGUCUCUGGCUUUUUUUUAGUUUCUUCUGUUUAAUAAUUCGGGCCUCGAGGCUCCGUGUCAGGUGACCUUUAACUUUUGUUUUUCUUAGAGUAAACAGUUUUGUGUUGCUUUUAGUUUUUGUUUUCUUCACUUUGUGUCAGGGCGAGUCGACGGUGGCAGCGUGGCGUUUGUCCGCCGCCGUGUUGACGUCUCCGUCCUCUGUAGAGUUUGUGCGUCGUGGGCCUGAAUCCGCCUCCUUUAACAGACUGUAGACUCCACAUCUGCUGGUGAAUUUAACAUAAACCUGUAACUCUUUUUGUUUUUGUUGACUUUAAACGGUUGGCCUGUUUCUGAUGUACACGUCAUGUAGAGACGGACCGCCGACUCCACAGGAAGUCCGACUUUGACUAGAAAUACUGUGACGAUGGAGCCUGAUGUGUGUGUGUGUGUGUGGACACACAGUCAACGACUGUUUUGAUGAAUAAAAAGGACAAAUGGAAACUGAA